GGGGGAGGAGCAGGAAGUGGCGGUGCGAGGGCUGCUGCACAGCUAACAGAGCCGCGUUCCGGACGGCAGCGCGUGCCCCGAGCUCUCUGCCUUCCCCCGCCCGCCAGCGCCAGUCCAGCCCGCGAUCUCAGCAGCAGCCCGCAGAGCAACCCCAGCAGCAGCGCCAUGGCCGGGUGGAACGCCUACAUCGACAGCCUUAUGGCGGACGGGACCUGUCAGGACGCGGCCAUCGUAGGCUACAAGGACUCGCCCUCCGUCUGGGCCGCCGUCCCCGGGAAGACCUUCGUUAGCAUUACGCCAGCUGAGGUUGGUGUCCUGGUAGGCAAAGACCGGUCAAGUUUUUUCGUGAAUGGGCUGACACUUGGGGGCCAGAAAUGUUCUGUGAUCCGGGAUUCACUGCUGCAAGACGGGGAAUUUACAAUGGAUCUUCGUACCAAGAGCACCGGAGGAGCCCCAACCUUCAAUGUCACUGUCACCAUGACUGCCAAGACGCUAGUCCUGCUGAUGGGCAAAGAAGGUGUCCACGGUGGUUUGAUCAACAAGAAAUGUUAUGAAAUGGCCAGUCACCUGCGGCGUUCCCAGUACUGACCUCAUCUGUCCCCUCCCCCACCACUCCCUUUGGCUUUUGCACCCCCUUCUUUCCAUACACACACAUACCAUUAUUUUUUGGGCCAUUACCCCACUUCCCUUAUUGCUGCCAAAACCACAUGGGCUUGGGGGCUGGGGCUGGACGGACAGAUACCUCCCCCUACCCAUACCCCCUUCCUGUGUGUGUUUGGAAAAAUUUUGUUUUUGGGUUUCAUUUUUGUUUUUUGUUUUGUUUUGGUCUUUUUUUUUUUCUGAAUAAAAAAAGAUUCUACUAACAAGGA